AUGGCCGAAAGCGGACUCUUGUGUCUGCUAAAGACAAAAUAGCGAACGACAGCAGCCGACGCAACAGCAGUGCAGCAGCAGUCGUGAGGUAUUAAUAUGUCUGACUUAAAGAUAUUCUACUGUCUGUUCCUGCUGACACUACUGGACGCGACCUCGCAAAUUCGGCCGUCGUUGCACGGCCACAACAAUGCCUUCGUCCAGGAUGACAACAAUGUUCAAUAUCUUUUGGAUAAUAUGCCAAUAUCUAUGCAUAAGGAUUUUGCUAAUACAGUACAUGGAGCUGGGGAUACUAUAUCAGACGAGGAUAAAAUGGAAGAUUCACUCUCUCACAUCUCUUUCGAGCCAAGCAUUUUGGACUUCAAGGAAAGACAACUUGGUAUCCCUCACCAAAAAACUGUGGUCAUGUUUAACAAAGAUCACAAUAAAACUAUACAUCUUUCAUCAAUAUCUGGAAACACACGCCAUUUUCAUUCAUCAUUUUUUCAAAAUAAAAUAAUCCCACCAUUAGGGAAUACAACAUUCAAUGUUGUCUUCCUUGGUCGAGACGAAGGUGACAUCGAUACACACCUUUUUAUACAUACAUCAGACGGGACACUAAAGUAUCAGGUCAAAGGAAUAAGUGUCAGUAGUCCGUAUAGACUCAGACCUGUAGUUGAUGUCAAGUUACCGUUAAAUGCAUCUUUUACACCUCUUAUAUAUAUGCACAAUCCACAUCCGGAAGCUCUACAAGUGGUGGAAGUAUACAGUAGUGGUGGAGAAUUUGAUUUAGAAUUGCCAUCGGGAGAGUCAGAAGGCACGCGCGAAUUAUGGGAAAUUCUACCUUAUCAGACAAAGCCUGUCAUCAGAUUACGUUUUAAUGCUUACACAGAAAAGAAUCAUACAGCGUAUGUUAGAUUUAAAGUGAAUAACACUGCAGAGAUACUUGUUGUAGCAAUUGAAGUAGAAGUGAAAAGUGGAGCUGGUCUUCAUUGGGGUGGAAGUUCCGGAGUAAUUAAUUUAGGUAUGGGUGGUUCACUGCAGCCGCCCAUCCACCACCCUAUCGCUUUGAAGAACUCCGCAAAAAAAGCAAUCAAAGUUGUGAAUAUUAUAAAUACACCGGUAUCGAAAGCAUUAAAACUGCAUUUUGAGCCAGCAAUAAUUCCGGGAGAAACAGAUAUACCAAUCGCCAUCGGAAUGCUGGUCUAUGAUUGGAAAACUGGUUUGGACUUGAGACAUUUUAAAGGCAAGUUGAUAAUAAAAGCAAUAGGUCCAGGCGGCUCCAGUCAGAAAUUGGCAAUUCCAUGGGUGGCUCAAGUGCUACAAGGUGGAUUAGAAGUGAACGCAUCGAUUACCCAUUACUGUUCCCCGCAAUCUAAUCAAGCAAGAAACUUCAGCGUGGUGAACAAAUUUAAAUUACCAUUAGCUAUUACGAACGUCACGAUGUGUUCGAACGCGAAAUCGCUUUUUAUGAUAAAAGAUUUUACUCCUAGAGUAAUAAAACCUGAGCAAAAGGUCAAUAUAUUUUCUUUACAACUUGCCAAAGAGCGAAAAGGCGAUAACGUGAAGAUGGAAUCGUCGAUAUUGAUACACUCCAAUGUAUCUGUAACUGAAGUCCCGCUACUGAGUUAUGACGGCAAAGUGAGAAAGAUAAUGCCGGGGGAGAAGGAAGAUGAUAUGGGAACCUUGAAUUUCGGUACUGUAGGAAGUGGUACUGAGAACGAGGCAAUCUUUGCACUGGAGAAUCAAAACCCCGUCAACGUUGAACUACAUGGCUGGGGUGUGAACAUACCCGGUGCAGUUUUGGAAUUGAUAGGAUGCCAAAACGGUCCGGCGGAUUUGUUGGACAAGGAAUUUUUGAACGUAACUGUGUGCAGCCAUUCUGGGAAUCAGUACAUAAAACCAGGGUUCUUGGCGAUCUUUAAGAUCAAAGUAAAAACUCCAAUGGUUGAAGAAGACACUAUCGUUGGCGAAGUUUUUGUUCGAACAACAUACGAGCGAUUUAAUUUGCCGGUGUAUAUGCGAGUUGCGCACGGUAGAAUCUCUUUGAAGAAGCUUACUUUUACAGAUUGCUUCCCUGGAUCGAUUUGUGUGCAACAAGUAAAAGUGCAUUCCACGUUCUCGAGGUCGAUGGAAGUGACGCAUAUUGCACCCAUCAACAAGGACGAUAGAAUCAAGUAUAUUCCACUGGAGGAAGCGACGAUGCCAAUUAUAUCUAAAGGCGAAAAUAAUGUCGGCUCGAUACAAAUCGAUCCUUCGGUGACUUGCAAGCAACAAUGCUACGUAGGUUUAUCAGUGGAUAGCAAUACGGGAAGCCAAUGGUUGAAUACGAUGAGCCUUCCCUCGCACACUCGUGACACCGACUUGAAUCUGCUGAAUACGCGGCACUCGCGUUUUCUCAACUCCAUCACGGAUGGCUCGUGGGAUAACAUUACGAUGCGGCUGGACACGAGCGAAGUGCGCGGCCACAAGUUCUACGUGAACAUCAAACCGUAUUGGCCCAGCCUGUUGGCCGGUAACAUAAAAAAUAAGAGCGUCUUGAUGUUCCCGUUGACUCAGAUCGGGAAUACGUCGUACAGAGAGAUCAAGCUGUACAAUCCGAGCACGAGUCCGCUGAUCGUGCAGUUGGUUAUGGAUUGGAGUUAUCCUCAAGGAGCGCGGCUUUAUUACUCCUUGCCGAUCAAAUUUAAGCCCGUGUGCACGGAGUGUUCGUCCACAGUACCGGAGGAAUUCAAGUUGAAAGAGAAUGCGGACGAACGAGAAUUGCUUGAGAAACAGUGGGGUGUAUCGAUUGCGCCUCAGUCACUUCCCUUAUAUUUAUAUCCUUUGGAAUCGAGAACGAUUCACGUGGCGUACACACCCUUUGUGGUUUCGGCGUCGUCUGGUUUUUUAUAUAUUAGAAAUAAUAUGACUAUUUUAGAAGUUGUGCGUAUGAUCGGCCGAGGUGCGAGCGCGCAAUUUAGAUUCGGCAAUCGCAAGCCAGGCUCGACUACGCCUCUGCUGUUUGAGUUGGCGGACAAGCAUCUUAAAGAUUGCGAACGAGAGCGCGGCAAACGCAUCACGACACCCGUUCUCACCGCAAAGCGAUCCUUCACGGCCAGAAAUACGGGCGAGCUGCCGAUCGAGAUCUACGGUUUCUACAUCAACGGCUUACCCUGCGAGGGCUACGGCUUCAGGGUACUCGACUGCGAAGCUUUCGAGUUGACUCCGAACGCGACCAAGAUGAUAGAGAUAGCGUUCACGCCGGACUUCACUCUGUCGCGCGUGGAGCGAAAAUUGCUGGUGCUGACCAGCGUGGGACCGGACAGCAGCGACGUUGAGAAUGGUGUGGUGAUGUUUAAUUUGCUGGCCACCCUGCCGGCGUACUCGUUGGAUUCGUGCGGCUCUGUGCUCGCCAGACCGUGGUGGGAACGCGUAGGCCAAUGGCUCGCUAUCGGCCUGUCGCCGAUGCUGCUGGUGUGCGUGCUCGUAGUCUCGUUCAUCGAGGCGGACCGAAUACUGCGGGAAUCAUUGGCCAGUUACUCGAAGGAGAGCCCGGUGCAACCACCUCUGGACCUGAGACUUCUGUCGGGACACGCGCAAGUCGCGAGAAACGGGCCGAGCGACGAGAGGAGCAAGACCAGGACGAAGGACGAAACCUUUCCAGACUGGUCCUUGAUGAAUGUGAAAAAGUGCAAGGACAAGGACGUGCAGAAAGGAUUGAAGAUCCCGGACUGGUCGGCUGACGAGGAGCGGAGGUUUAAGCUGGACACAGAGUCCAAAGAUCUGUUGUCCUUCAAACGUUGCGAAGAACCGUCGAACGCUGAUAAUAAUAGUGUCUCGUCGAACAUCGCGACCACGAAGAGAAGAAACAACAAGAAGCUGAGCAAUAUUCAUGAGGCUCAAUUGGACACGGUGAACGAUACACUCGCGGACGCUCAAUUGGUUCAAGAGAGGAAGUGCUCCUCCUUCAGUGCUGUUACCAAGUCGAGUCCGACGUCGAACAGAAAGGGAAAAACUACGACCGCGACGACUGCAAUGACGACGCAGUUGAGUGUCAAGGAAGAGUCCAAGUUGGUCGAUCACGAGAUUCUAGUGGACGGGAUGACAAGCAAUAAUCGGGCCACGAAAUCGGACAACAAACGGAAGCAGACCAACAACACCGGAAACAACAGUAAUCUUAGUAAUCCUGUUGCGAUGAAAAAACUCGAGCCCGCAAGCACUCAAAGGAUCAUUCACCUUUCAGAGGAAGAGACCUCGUCCACGACAACGGAAAGUUCGACUCACGAUGAAACGACAUCGUGUAAAGUUUUUGACCAAUCGUGCGGAAAACAAGAGAAGCUCCAACGAAAGCCGAUAUCUAAGAAGAGUAAACCUCAGUCUAUUCCUACUGUGCCAUGCGUAGAUUAUAGGGAUAAUUAUGAAGGUGAUUGUGAUGACGAUGACUACGAUAAGGAGAGGCAGAAUAAUCCAAAUAGAUGGAAGACUAGUAUCGCUAGAUCCGCCGUGAAGCAUCAUGUUCAUACUUCGCGCACUGUCGAGUCGUCCUUCAAGUUACCACGUCAAAGUAAGAAUCCACCUCGGAAAGACAAGUCGGUGCAGAAACGUCGUGGGGCUGAUAAAACACAUGCGAAAGCAACUCCUGUAAGCGGCAAUGCGAGCCAAAGGGAGGACGUAACGCGCACCACGAUCCCCUCCGCUCCAUUGCCACCUCCGCCGUCUUGCUGGGGCGAGAACAGGGCCAAGUUCAGCGACGUGGUAGCGCGAAGUCAGGAGAUCGUUUCGCCGUUCUCCAAUUUAAGUCACGUACACAAGGGUCAGACGAGCGCGUCAGGUUUGUCGACGGUGUUCAGCACCGAUAUCAAGGACAUUCAAUACGCUAAGCCGGCGCAAGAAUUGUUGCGGAAGGAAUACAGUCUAAUAUCUAAACCGGCCUCCCUUUCUACCGGAUCACUGGACAAAACACAUCACCCGGACCCCUUGAUUCUACAGUCGGAUACGCAACAUUCGAACAGUUACUUCAUCAAUACUUUUGCGGAACAUCCGUUUGAACGCGAGCUGGUGCCGUACGACGACCUUCCGGAAACCGACGAGCCUCUAGUAGAAUUGGAAACCCCCGAAGAGGAUACACGGUGCCAACUAUGGGAAGAUACUAGUCCUAUGAUAAAUUUAUUGUCGGAUACGAGCGCAAACGCGGCUGCAUUUCAGUCGCCGAAAGCUACGGAGAAGCCAGUUUUGUCCGAUUUGAAAGAUAAUUGGGCAACAGUCGACAUAAAUUGGGAACCUUUAUAUACCAGAGCGGCCGUCGGAGAAGAGCGAAGUGGUGUGUGGGGAGUCAAUAGGGGUGGUGUGUGGGCUGCGGCACCAUGGGGCGCCGCCGCGCCCCCUGUGAUAUCGCAAACGUCUGAGUCGGAGAUCCAAGAACGAUCGGGAUUCGACCCAUUUCGUUCGCUCAGCACAAUAUGGACGCCAUCAUCGACGGAAUCGUGGAGAACGAAACGCGAAGACUAAGGAUCGGAAAGUUGGAACUCGUUUUAUCUUGUGAUAUCGCGUAGACUUAUUUCUGACAAUUUCUCCGCGAAAAUCGAAAGUAACGGCUAUUUUAACGGCACAGCAUGAUGCGACCGAUGAUAACAUUGGAAGUCACGGAAAUUGUUACGUUUUCUUGCAACUACGCUUUGCAUACUAUGUGAUAUAUAUAUAUGUAAUUAUUAUUACGUUGUGCGACAGUAAUCCUGGUGAAGUCUGUCGAACGAGUGAUUUUCGUAUAGUUUCUUAAACCAAAAUCUAGAAAUGUUACACUUAUUUUCUAUUUCGUAACUUAAACAUAUUAAUGCGAUACCUUAAAUUAUUGCGAGUGAGAUACUUCGUGCAUGCGCAGGAUAAUGGAUUAUUAUACAAAAUUUUGUUUGCUUGCGCGAGCAAAUCGUGAAUGAAAGAAAUAACUGGACUGAGCGUUACAAGGUACCAAACGACAAAACUGAGGUUAAAUAAGAUAGUAAAAGAAAGUAACUGGCAGUAAGCUUCUCUCCUUACUGUCGUUCCUCCUCAAGUAUGUCAUUUUAUUCUCCCCACGUACGGUCGUUCACGUACAUUGUGUGCAGAGAACAAAAUGACGUAAUAUCAGACUUGCUAUCUCACCCUCUUUUUGCCGCUAUUUUUUGUGUAAAUUCAUCUAGUUACCUUUCAACCACGGAAUGAACAUAAGUAAUCGACACAAACGCGGAGAUGGAACAUAACAUGUGAAAUUGCGGAACGAUUUUGGAGAAAGGAAAAAAAAAUGCAAAAAAAUACAGUCUCUCAUGUUAA